AUGACAGUGAAAACACACGACGAAAGCUCGGCAGCAAAGGGCACUACACCAGAGCAGAUUACUGAAAAGCUUGAUGACCAUGAGAAGUCUAGCACAACGACCAAGGAAGAUGACGAGGAAACCUUGGCCGAAUUGAGUGACGAUGCAACCAUCACCGAGGAAGCACCAGACUCAGCACCGAGCGUUCGAGGACCUCUGUUUGACGACAAAAGCAUUGAAUUGCUCAAAGCAGAGAUUAUCGCAGAAACCGAGAAGCGGAACAACAUGUCGACGAGGGUUUUCUCCAAGACAAUGAAAGCAGCCGCAUGGGCAGUGACAACAACCUCGACAUCAAAACAGGGCCGUUCAUACCUCUGCUUCGCAUGCGGAGCCCUCAACGUCCGCAGAGCCGCCGGACUCAUCGACAAGGGCGUCGCCAUCAACGCCGACGCCAACUUCGGUCACGGUCCUCUCAUGGCCGUCAUCCGCUCCACCCCACCCCGACUCCCUGCCCAGGAAGCCAUGAUCGACUUCCUUGUCGCCGAGGGAGCGGACGUCAACUACGUGGGCAAAGAUGAGGUCACGCCUCUCUGUGCUGCCGUCGAGCUCGGGCACACUCGGUUGGUGAGACAACUACUACGUUACGGUGCGAGAAUCAACGACCUUCGUACCGCCAUGGUCACGUGGAAUUGGUUGCCCAUCGUCGGCGAGGAGAUGUCUGCGCUCCACGUCGCCGUGAGCAGAGGCCAGGGCGAUUGUCUGAAGCUUUUGACCGAUUUUGGUGCUGACCAUAACGCGAAGUUUCGUUUGUCGAAUUAUUUUGGAGUUACGCCGUUGCACGCUGCUGUUCAGGACCUUGCUUGCGUUGAGGGGCUUUUGGAGCUGGGAUGUGAUUUGAUGGCAAGGGACGGAAGAAACCGUACCGCAUUUCACUGGGCCAUUGACGCGGUCAACAUCGAAGUGGUAGAAUUGUUUUUGAGUCGCGGUUAUCCUGUCGAUGACCCAGGAGAAGAGGGUGUGACGGCCCUAGGGAUGAUUUGUGCGGCCCUUGAGCGAGGUGCAAAGUCGGAGAAGUAUCCUUUGAUCACCGGAGUGCUUCUUCGGGCUGGUGGAAAUUUGGACGUGGUAUAUCCUCAAAACAUGUCUAUAAGGCAGAGGUGGCUGUUGAUGGAGGAUUGGCGGAAUACGUAUGCGCCCUUGUUUAACGAGUUUGCAAAGAGCUAG